AUGUUGAACCCACCUGUUUCACAUAAGCUGCUUUAUCUUUUGAGUGGAGACAAGCCAUGCACGGUGAAUUCAACGCCCUUAUCAAAUAGGGCAUCUGGUCCUUGGUUCCUCCUUCUUCCACACAUAACAUUGUUGGGUGAAAAUGGGUAUUCAAGGUGGCCUAUUCAACAGCUCAACGUCAAGAACACCUUCCUCUUUGGCCCUCUAUCUAAAGAGGAUCAAUCUCAUAAUAUGAUUUUACUUGUCUACGUUGACAACAUCAUACUCACGGGGAGCAGUCAGUCACAUUUACAUGCCUUUAUUGAUAUGUUGGGUGCCGAAUUUGACGUUAAAGACCUUGGCAAGUUACAUUAUUCCCUUGGCAUCGUAGUCACCUAUCACUCUGAUUCUGUUCAUCUCAAUCCAACCAAAUAUGCCCUUGAUAUUCUCAAAAGAAGCAAUAUGCAGGAUUGUAAACCGAUCUUUACACUAAUGGCUUCUAAAGGCAACCUUUCUCGCACUAAUGGCACGGCUUUGCCCGAACCCACUGUGUAUAGACAACUUUUCGGUGUUCUAUAG